AUGGUCAAAAAUGACUCAACUACGAAUUCUUCAUCAAUUGAGGAACGGAAAUACAGUUUGAAAAAUAUAUGGAUAUGUUCAUUGGUAUUAAAACUAUUGUUAAUGGUUGGAUAUCAUUCUACAGAUUUUGAUGUACAUAGAAAUUGGUUAGCUAUAACUAAAAAUUUACCAAUAUCUCAAUGGUAUAUAGAAAAUACUUCACAAUGGACAUUAGAUUAUCCUCCAUUCUUUGCAUAUUUUGAAUGGAUAUUAUCACAAUUUGUACCUAAUAUUGUUAAAAGAGAUGGAUGUUUAGAUAUAGUUGCAAAAGGUCAAUAUGGAUUACCUACCAUUUAUUUCCAAAGAAUUACUGUGAUUCUUAGUGAAAUUGUGUUGUUCCUUGCAUUACAAUGGAUUAUUGAUACUUCUUCAUCUUAUGCAAUGAAAAGAAGAAUGUAUGUUGCAGCUGCAAGUCUUGCAUUAUCUCCUGGAUUAUUAAUAAUUGAUCAUAUUCAUUUCCAAUAUAAUGGAAUGAUGUACGGAAUAUUAUUUCUUUCCUUGAACAGUGCUAGAAUGAAAAAAUACUUGUUAUGUGGAUUUUGGUUUGCUGUGUUGUUAUGUUUCAAACACAUUUACUUGUACUUAGCCCCAGCAGUAUUUGUGUUUCUACUAAGAACAUAUUGUUUGAAUUUGAAAUGGAGUAAAAAGAAGAACACAUUGAUCAAUCUAGUGAACUUAGUGAAGUGGAAAAACUCAGUAAAGUUAGGGACAGUGGUGAUCGCAGUAUUCGCUGUUGCAUUUUUACCAUUCUACAAUACCUUACCUCAAUUAUUCGAUAGACUAUUUCCAUUUAGUCGUGGUUUGACUCAUGCUUAUUGGGCUCCUAAUAUGUGGGCGAUUUAUUCUUUUGUUGAUAGAGUGUUGAUACAAGUUUAUAAAAGAAUUCCUGUGACCAGGUUCUUUCUCAAAAGAGUGUUCAAAUUUGAUUCGACAUUAUUGCAAAAUGAUGAAUUGCUAAAAACUUCAACCAGAGGAAUUGUUGGUGACAUUGAAUUUUUUAUACUACCUCAAAUCACUGCAAAAUUAACAUUUUUGUUAACAUUAUUUUAUCAAAUCAUGGCAUUGAUACCAUUAUUCCUACAACCCACUUACAGAAGAUUUAUUGGUGCAAUAACGUUGUGUGGUUAUGCAUCUUUUUUGUUUGGAUGGCACGUUCAUGAAAAAGCAAUAUUAUUGGUCAUUUUCCCAAUGACUUUAAUCGUGUGUCGUGAUGUUAAGUUAUUACCAGCUUACAAUUUAUUAGUUGCUUGUGGUUAUACUUCACUUUUUCCAUUGAUAUUCACAUGUAAUGAAUGGAUGAUUAGAGUCGUUUAUACAUCCUUAUGGUACAUUAUAUUCUAUUUCAAUUUUAAAAAAGUGACAAGAAUACCGAAAAUGAAAAAUACCGGUGUAAUAGUUGAUAGAGUAGUCAAUGGAUAUAUUUUGAUUUUCAUUUUGGUAAUUACCAUAACAGCUAUAAUAGAUUUACUCAAAAACAAAUAUCAAGUAUUAAAAAGAUUUGAAUUUUUAAACUUAAUGAUAUAUAGUGUAUAUAGUGGGGUAGGAGUUAUAAGUAGUUGGAAUGGGUAUUCGUGGCUUUACUUUGUUGAUGAUACAAUCUGGAAUGAUAGUAUAUAG